AUGAUCAACUUGAAAGCAGUUGGAUUGACAGGGCUUCCGUUGGGAUGUGGAAUGAUCAUUGGCCAGUUGUUUGGGCCCAAGGUAGGAAAUACGAAAGACUGGUACCAAAAACUGAACUUCCCGGUGUACAAUCCUCCUGAUUGGGUAUUCCGACCUGUGUGGGCAUCACUCUAUUCUAUGAUGGGUUAUGCGUCAUAUAGAGUUUUGUGCGAGGGUGAAGCUGGAGUUGAUAUUACAAAAGCCAUGACAGCGUAUGGGUCGCAACUCGCCAUUGGACUGACGUGGGUUCCCUUGUUCUUCUCGGCGCACAAGCUGAAAUCGUCCGCGGCUGUGGUGACCGCUUUUGCGGGUUGCAUCGCAUGGACUAUCAAAGAGUUCGCGCCCAUAGAUGUAGCUGCCAGCAGGCUCAUGUACCCCGCAAUGGCGUGGGUGAGCUUCGCUACUGUUCUCGGUUGGCACGUCGCCUACCUCAAUGAAGACAAUAAGGCGCUGAAGGAAGAAUAG